CUUACUUCAUGGCCAGCUGCGAGUCGCCACAGCCGGACUGUGUUUUGAGUACUUUGUCCGUGUUUUUGGACGUCUUAGGAAGUGAGAUCGCACGUUUCAGAAAAACAGGUGCAGCCCCGCUUCAUGUGCUAUUUUCCCUCCUGGCUAGACCAUGUAAGAUAUGACAUGUAAACAUGGAGUAAACAUUCAGGGUUUUUUAUGUUCUCCACAGCCACUUGCAGCCCAACACAAUGUUGUCAGGCGUUCCGUGGACACCAACCAACGAUCAAACAUUUGAAGGGGUCAAACGAUGGAUAAAGGAGGAGGGAAGAAAUUAAGACACAACAGAGAUGACCAUUUAAGUACACUGGUCUACACUGAAAGCCCGGCGGAGGGAGCCCCAUUAAGAGUAGGUCCUCACAGUGCCAUGUCCAUCACCUCUGCCACCUCAGUUGUACUUCCGUCCAGCCCAUUGAUGCAGCCAGGAGACGUUCCCAACGGCCUCAGCGACAGCCCCCUUCCAGAGGAGCUCACCUCAGCCUCUGUCACUGCCUCCAUAGGUCUCCUACUUGAAGAUUCAGAGCCCAAGGGGGUGACGAAGGACCAGAGGCCUCAGCAGUUGCUUCUGACUCAGACACAGACGCCUACCUCUCUUGGGCACUACACCUUGGGGGAGAAUUUCUCCCGGCUGGAGGCCAGUAUUGCUGACCUUACCCACUCCUCCAUGGACUCUCUUAUUGGGGGGACAGACCCCAAUCUUUUCCCAAUGAAAACAGAGGACUUAUCCAUGGAUAAGGUAGACCAGGACCCCAUGGACCUAGAUCACGAUGCCUUCGGGCACAUUGGGAAAGAUGUGGACAUAAACCAGAGGCUGUUCAAUGACAACACCCUUGACCUACUGCAGGACUUUGAGCUCACCGGCUCUCCCUCAGAUUUUUAUGUCGGGGACGAUGCCUUCCUGUCCACACUGACAGACGAUUCUCUGCUUGCUGACGUUACCUCGGAGAAGGAUGCCAAGCUAAUGAUGGGGGGGAACACCAACAGUGGUGGUGCUGGCUCUGCCACUCUCAAUGGCAGCAGCCUGACAAGUCGAGAUGAAUCCAACUCCAGCACUUCCACCACUGUCACGAUUGCUCCCCCAGCCACUUUGUCUGCGGUGGUGAAGAAAGAGAAAGAUGCUGGUUUCAUUCAGCUCUGCACACCAGGAGUGAUCAAACAGGAGAAGACGUCUGCAGGUCGUAGCUACUGCCAAAUGAGCAGCACAUCCUCUGCAGACUUACCCAGCCCAAGCCCCAUCUCUAUUUGUGGGGUCAGCACCUCAGGCGGACAGAGCUACCGCUUUGGAGUCAGCUCCAGCACCUCCACCCCCAACAGCAGCAGCGAGGCUCAACAGCAGAAGGAUCAGAAGCCAGUGUUCAACCUGUACCCCCCACUGACAACCAUCGGUGAGACCUGGGACAGAGGCCCGGGCAUGGGGGACAACUCGGGAAUGCAGAGGGCCAGUGAGACGUUCUCCAGCUCUCCCACCUUCCCUGCCAGCUUUGCCAGCUCUACCUCCAGACAGGAAGGAGGCGCUGCCUCAUCCUCAGGCCAGGGAAAGACCAGUGGGACCACUCAUAAAAUCUGCCUGGUAUGCUCUGAUGAGGCCUCGGGUUGCCACUAUGGCGUGCUCACCUGCGGUAGUUGCAAGGUCUUCUUCAAGAGGGCAGUUGAAGGGCAACAUAAUUACCUGUGCGCUGGGAGAAAUGACUGCAUCAUAGACAAGAUCAGACGGAAGAACUGUCCCGCCUGCCGCUUCCGCAAGUGUCUGAUGGCAGGGAUGAACCUGGAAGCACGUAAAACCAAGAAGAUGAACCGCCUAAAGGGCAUCCAGCAGAGCAACCAGACGGAGCUUACCUCGCCACCACCAGCUGAGGCACGCUCCCUGUUACCCAAGUCUAUGCCCCAGCUUGUCCCCACCAUGCUGUCCCUGCUGAAGGCCAUAGAGCCGGACACCAUCUAUGCUGGCUAUGACAGCACCCUCCCCGAUACCUCCACCCGCCUCAUGACCACCCUGAACAGGCUGGGCGGCCGGCAGGUCAUCUCUGCCGUCAAAUGGGCCAAGGCUCUGCCAGGCUUUAGGAACCUGCAUCUGGAUGACCAAAUGACCCUGCUGCAGUGUUCCUGGCUCUUCCUCAUGUCGUUUGGCCUAGGCUGGAGGUCGUACCAGCAGUGCAGUGGCAACAUGCUCUGCUUUGCACCGGACCUAGUCAUCAAUGAGGCCCGGAUGAAGCUUCCCUACAUGGCUGACCAGUGUGAGCAAAUGCUGAAGAUCUCCAAUGAGUUCGUCAGGCUGCAGGUGUCGCACGACGAGUACCUGUGUAUGAAAGUUCUGCUGCUUCUCAGCACAGUGCCAAAGGAUGGCUUGAAGAGCCAGGCAGUGUUUGAUGAGAUCAGGAUGUCCUACAUCAAGGAGCUAGGAAAGGCCAUCGUGAAGCGGGAGGAGAACUCCAGCCAGAACUGGCAGCGCUUCUACCAACUCACUAAGCUCCUAGACUCCAUGCAUGAGAUGGUCGGUGGACUGCUCAACUUCUGCUUCUACACCUUUGUGAAUAAGUCUCUGAGUGUGGAGUUCCCAGAGAUGCUAGCAGAGAUCAUCAGCAACCAGUUACCAAAAUUCAAAGCCGGGAGCGUCAAGCCACUCCUCUUCCACCAGAGAUGACUGUGCCCCCGUCAAGACACCAUGCCUUAAAGUCCCACCACGUCACUUCACCUCCCACUCCCACUCCCUCUUUCCCCCUCCCCCCUGAGUGAGAAUGAAGAAAUGGACAGAGAUGGAAAGACGGUAAAGCGGAAGAAAGAGAGGAAGAGAAUCCGAGAAGAGGAGGGAAGUGUGUUAUUUUGGGGAGCGAGUAUGCAAUUUUAAAGAGGUUUACGGGUCUGGAGGGAAAGGGCAGCGAGCAAGAAGACAUUUGCAUUGAGACUGAGACUGAGCACAGAGGUUUUUGUUUUAUUCAGCAGUCUAAGAUUUAGCAUAUAACAAAGUAGGAAUUGUUUUGUAAGAGAAAAGAUAAUCACUGAGUGAAAUAGGCUUAACCAUCCAUGUUGUCUCAGGUUUCUUACCUUCAAAUACAGAGUGAUAUCUAUAGUAGAUAAAACAAAUAUCUAUGUACAGGCUAUGAAAGUAUUUUCUACAUUUUCAAAUUAUGUCACAGUUUAUACAGUUUUCCAGGUUGCUGUUACCUGGGAAGGUAACAAAGUAAAAUAACAUACUAUUAAACAGGCUUCUAGACCAUGUGCUCCUCUGUAGUAGCAAGGAGGUCCUAACUAAAAGUUAAGUCACACAAAACAAUAUCCUUGUUUUCCAAACAGCCAUUUCAAAAGCAUAAUUGCCAUUGCUACAACAGUUCUGGGUGUGAUGUGUAAUUUCUGUUGGAUUGUAAUGAAGAUGUGCACCGUUCAAAGGAUGAUUUCUCCCACAAGCUAACCUCUUCCAGGUUUACACAUGUCUAUUAUAAAAGGGAAAAAAAAUACGUGCCUUUUUUUAGCUCAAACUCUGAUUUUUAGCCAUUCAACCCUAAACUGUCCAAGGCUGGUUUCUCUUAACCCAUCAUGGUCUACCUUUGUCAUAUGUGAUUGUACUUUUCUAUUAUAUGCAGUUGCAGGUUUCCUUUUUUUAAUGGCCGUGUUUAUCUUUUGAAGUGGCAGCUCAGUCAUCCUUAGUGUGCACUAAAAAGUGGUCCUUAUGAAAAGGUAAGAAAACUCUCAAAUCUGCUUCCUUUCUCGUGGUCUCCUGUGCACAUUUAAUUUCUGAAAUGCUGUUGUAGCCCCUCUAUCCCUACUGAAGGAUUUGGAAGAAGAAGAAAAAAGGCCUUGAUAAAAGGUUCAGUGGGGGGUUGGUUGUACAAGUCUCAAAAGUAUGAGUAUAAAAGGAAGUUAGAUCAUUUUUUAAUAGUAAACAAGCCACUCCCUUUACUUUAGCCUUUUUUUAGUUCCCCCCUCAGUAGUGUAAGGACUGGAAUGUGGUAGAGACCUGCGUUAGCCAAUCAGAAGAGGGCAUAUUCUAUUUUUUUGUUCAAGAUGAUUACAUUUUUACAACAGUAGAAAUGGUUUUUGUGGUCCUCGCUUGGCUCAACCCGAUGGGAAACUCAAUUUUGAGUUCUUUUUUAGGGAGCCAUUAAGUCUGUUUAGAAAAUAAGGAACGUAAUAUGCAGUCAUGGUUCUGCCAGUAGGGGUCCCUGCUAGACUCUAGACAUGUUCUCCAUAAGCACGUGGGUUGGAUGAUCUCUUAUUUAAAGCCUAUGUGUUGUUACCUUUUGACAUGAUUGAAAUGUACCCUUAUGAAAUGGAUGAGAACCGUACCGAUACAGAGGCUUUUGGGGUCGCCAUUGGCAGACACUUCUCUGGUUUAAACUUCACACAGCUGCUGAUAACCUCAACCCCAUAGUCCCCUCUACUUCUCUUAGCCACCUUGUUAGGCAUCUUGUCUUAACAUCUGCUCCUCUUAUAGUGUGUGUUUCUUGUAUGUUUGCACAUGUAUGUAUGUAUGUAUGUAUGUAUGUAUGUAUGUAUGUAUGUAUGUAUGUAUGUAUAGCAGGUAGUUCGACCCCAAUGUUUUAAAGCACUUAGCAGCUGACCCGCCUCAGACGUCUCACAAUGAAAGUCUGGCUUUGCUGAUUUGGGAGGUAGGCAAAAUGGAUCCUCCGUUCUUUGGGGACUACUUCAGUGCCAAAUUCGUGUUCUCUGUCUUAUUUCAAUAACUUCAAAAAUAUUGUGGUGUUUAAAUCAAAAGUGUCCCAGCAGUAAAUAUUUUGAAUUUGUCUGAUGCAAGAAAUGAAAUCCCUGAUGUGACAGUAAGUCACCUGAUUGGUUUAAUUAUGAUAGAAAAUGAUUAAUAAUUGAGUUUUAUUUUUAAUGCAAGACAUUCACACAUUGUUAAGAAAUAUAGAAUAUGAUAGGUCUAUUAGUAACCCUUUCUCUUUGUUGUAAUGAAAGUAAAUGGGAGUUUAAGAUGUGUUAAUUUUAAUAAUUUUAGCACUAGUUGGGUUUCUCUGCUUAGACUGUCACUGAUUUUUUUAGUACUCCUGUCAUUUUUGUGUUCAAGCACAAAAUAAUCCAGGUAUCAAAAUGAAUGUGAGUUUUCAAGGGAAGAUAGUUUAUUCUGAAGAAAACGCUGUCAGAAAUACAUGUGAAAUACGUAUGAAGCACCAUCUGUAUUUAAAUAAUUGGGUGAAUAUAUCAACUAAGCAAUUUGGAAAGCCACACUGUCUGUAUGUAGUACUUACCUAGUGCAUUAAACAUGCAAUACCACAUGGUCUACCUUCUAAAUGAUGGGAAAACACCUGUCUAUACACUAAGCCAACAAGUAUGAAGCUACUCGUUAGUGAUUUUGAACCCCCCCCCCCUAUCUCAGGUUGUCAUUGGUUGGGAUUAAACGAAGUGACUGAUGUGUAUGCAGUUAUCCAUGUUCCUCUGGUGGCCCGUCUAAACCAAAAACAUUUAAGUUUCGAUUCCCAGCGUUGUGUGCUUGUGUGGUUUUAUGGUAUUUUAAGUCAGGAAAAAGUCUCGCCUGACUUUUAAUCAGGCAAGUUUCAGGUAUGCGCCGCCAUGCCUACGUCGUCUGAGGUGUUUUUUCACUCGCCGUAUCCACUCCUUUAUUUUCGGUGGUAAUACAAAAUAGUUCUGGAGACCGUUCUUCAAAAACUGCAUAAAGGGUUACUCAUGGGUUACUUUCACAUUCAGUGUGUCUACAAACCUUUGCUGCUGCUGUCGCUCAUUUCUAACAGGUAUAAGAAACUGCACACUUGCCUCUCUCCUUGCUCAAAAAUAUAUCCAGCCACUUUCUCCUUUUAUGUUUUGAGGAGGACAACUGAAUAUGCAAUAGGAGUUACAGAUACAUAAUAUUUCAUUGCAUAACAUAGACAUGACAUAUAUUUGCUUCCUUGUUUUUUUUUUUAAUUAUUAUUAUUAUUUUCUUUGCAGAUAUAAGCUAUUCACAUAGAGGAGAUUCACAUUUAACUAUCUCUGCAGGCCAGAUUUUCAGGAAAUACACGAGUCAGUAAACAAUUCAUACAGACUGUACAUAAAAAAAAAGCCUGUUAUGUUUAACUACAAUGUGACCAAAGCAAGUACAGACAAAUUCAGCUUAGAUCAGCGAAGACCUCGUAGCUCCUAGGAAGACAAAUGUGUACAGUUUGUUUUAUAACACAUUUUGUAUUCUAUCUCGAUGGCUUUGGUCAAAUUGUGUAAUACUGUGAAUAGGAUAGGUAUCAGUCUUUUCACACACAAACUGUUUGUGAAAGUAAUCAACCAGCUUGAAUCUUAAAAAAAUUGCACUACCCAAAUAUUGUUUGAAAAUCUAUUUUGUAUAAAACAUAUGCAGACAUCAACUUUUGAGAAUUAUCAAGGGCGGAUUGUGUUCCACUGGUAUAUGCUUUCUUUGAAGCGUUUUGCUUAUAAUUUCAGUUAUGUACAUAUAAUCCAUUGUAAAGAAAAUGUGGUGCAUUUGUCUCAAAAUAAUAGUUGUUUUUUUUCUAUAUCCUCUGUAUUAUUUCUCCUCUGUAGUGUGACUGUUGUUGAUCUUUUCCUCCAUCGAUUAAAUGUUGAACUGUC